AUGAAGGAAUCUAAUGGUUCUUCAAAAGUUUCUCGUUCUGUUGUGAUGGAAGAAGGUGAAAUUGUUGAAAGUAAAAAAGAGAUAAAACAAUCAAAGGAUUCCAUUGCCAUGCCUCCCCCAGAUCAGACAAAAUGGAAAAAACCGAAAGUUAAUGUUGAUGUAAAAAUGUUGGAUAUAUUAGCUGAAAAGAUUAAAAAGAGAGAAGAGGAGGAGGACGAGGAAGAAGAAUUUCUUCCUACCAAUGUCGCCCCAAUACAAAUAGAAGAUGACGAUGCUAGUGAAGAAUUAAACGCAAUUUUGGCCAAAGCUCGUUUACUAAAAAAUUCUGAAAAAAUGGUUAAAAAAGAGGUUACUUAUUUUGCGUCAGACAGCAGUGAUGAUGAAGAUAUGGAAGAACAAAAAAAUUCGAAUGCAAUAAUUUUUGACGCCACAUCAGAAAAAUACAAAGCUAUAGGGGGUGGAGGUUAUGGAAAUGAUCAACAAAUGAACAAAAAAAUUGUAAAAACUGAAAUUGAGGAAGAAAUGGAAAUUGGGAGUGAAAUAGCUUCGAGUAGUUUGAAAAAAGAAUUUUUAAAAAGGAGAAGAACUGAUAGUGGGUCUAGUGGAGAAUUUGAAAGAAUGGAUGAGGAGAGAGAUGGGGAUGGAUCUGAUAGUGAUGAGGAAAAAUAUUCAGCAACCAAAAAUUAUUCAAAUAUUUUGGGAGAAGAAAAGGAUGUUACUAAAGGUGUAGCAGCAAUGUUGAAACUUGCUGGACAAAAGGGAUAUUUAGAAUCUGGUAACAAAAAACGUCAUGGAGAAGGGUCUCUAAAACAUUUGGAAAGUAAAAGAUACUCAAAAGUCGAGCAAGGACGUUAUGACAUUGAAGACAAAACUAUGAGGAAAUUGGAAAGGAUGGGGACUACGGGGACUGGUCCAACAAGGCCAUUUCCUGAGAAGACUGAUUACACUCCUAAGAUUGAAAUAAAUUAUUCCGACAAAUCUGGGCGUGUUUUAGAGCCAAAAGAAGCAUUUCGUGUAUUAUCUUGGAAAUUCCAUGGAAAAGGUCCUGGAAAGAAACAAGGGGAAAAACAUAAAAUGAAGGUGGACAAGAGGGAGAAAUUGAAGAAAAUGAAUUCGCAAGACACUCCUUUGGGUAAAUAUUCUUAUAAAUCCUCGCUAUAA